UCACUCUCACCUGCACUGAUUGGCGUCCAGAUCGGACUGACCGACGGUGCUGAUCCAGUCAGCAGCAUGUGAGAAGAAUAGAAGAUCCAUCUCUUCUUGUUAUCCUUGCCCAAACACGGAAAACUCUGCCUAACCUGCAGGACAAGAAACAAAGAACGGAAGGAAGGAAGGAAGAAGUUCCAGGAAAGGAGGGAAGAGAAGACGGAGAGUGACCGAGGGACAGAGGCUCUAUCCACUCGAGCGAUCGACCGGGCGGGGAUCGAUGGCGGCCAACGGGCGUCAGAUCCGGCCGGCGGAGAAGAGGGAGACGAUGAAGCUCAUCAUCGACACCGAUCCCGGCAUAGACGACAGCGUGGCGAUCUUGAUGGCGUUCCGAGCGCCCGGCGUCGAGGUCCUAGGGCUCACCACCAUCUUCGGCAACUGCACCACCGCAUACGCCACCCGCAACGCGUUGAUUCUGUGUGAGAAGGCAGGCCGUCCCGAUGUGCCGGUGGCGGAGGGCAGCGCCGAGCCUCUCAAGGGAGGGAAGCCGCAGGUUGCCGACUUUGUUCACGGAUCCGAUGGCCUCGGGAACAUAUCUGUUCCUGAACCCACCAUCAAGAAAGCAGAGCAAACCGCCACGGAAUUUCUGGUCGACAAGGUGUCGCAGUUCCCCGGGGAGGUCUCGGUGCUCGCCUUGGGCCCUCUGACCAACCUCGCAUUGGCCAUGAAGAUGGACCCCUCCUUUGUGACCAAGGUGAAGAAGAUAGUCGUGCUGGGUGGAGCCUUCUUCGCAGCGGGGAAUGCCACCCCUUCAGCUGAAGCAAACAUCCACAGCGACCCGGAGGCGGCGGACAUCGUGUUCACCUCCGGCGCGGAUAUCGCCGUGGUCGGCCUCAACAUCACCACCCAGGUGAGCUUCACGGAGGCGGACCUGUCGGAGCUGAGGAGCUCCGGCGGGAAGCAGGCGCAGUUCCUCUGCGACAUCUGCAAGUUCUACAGCGACUGGCACCUCCACUCGUACGGUGACCCCGCCGUGUUCCUCCACGACCCGGUGAGCUUCGCGGCGCUGGUCCGGCCGGAGCUCUUCACGUUCAGGAAGGGCGUGGUGCGGGUGGAGACCCAGGGCAUCUGCAGAGGCCACACAUCCAUGGACAUGGGGCUCAAGAAGUUCAAUUCAGAGAACGCGUGGUCGGGCUACACGCCGAUCUCGGUGGCUUGGACGGUUGAUACGGCCAAGGUGGUCGCCUUGGUCAAGGAGCUCCUCAGCAAUUAAGCAGCAGCCUAGUUGAUGAUCCGUAUACCUGCGCAUCAAAUGGUUUGAAAUUGUACUAAUAUUGUAUAGAUCGAUGGGCCGAUCCACUCAUGAUUUAUGUGUACCCCAUUCGACGCACUGCAUGCAGACACAUUGUCUGGUGGCAUUAUUGAACUGCUGGUAAUGAAUUGUGAUGAUCAAACUGCAAUUGGUUCUUCA